CUCUAAUAUUAGUUCCAUGGCUUGAUGCCAUAUUUUUUACCAUUUAUUGUGUUUGGCUGAUGGUAAAAGUUUUGACGUGACAAAUAUUCAAAAAUGGCUUUAAAACUGAAUCGCGAUGAUACUAUUAAUUUGAUACGUAUUUAUGAACAGUAUGAAUGUCUUUGGAAUUGCAGAAAGGAAUCAUACAGAAAUUUAGUUUUAAAAAAGAAAGCAUGGGAGGAAAUUGCCAUCUACUUCGAGGCAGAUGUGCAAGAGAUGAAAAAGAAGAUUAAAUAUCUCCGCACAGCCUAUGUGGCUGAACGCAGAAAACUGCAGGAGUCAAAACGAAAUUCACUGAAUCCGACUGAAAUCUAUCAGCCUAAAUUAUUUUAUUAUAAUGAUUUCAACUAUUUAAAUAGUACAAUAGUGGUAAGAAAAAGAGAGUUUAUCGAUGAUGACGAGGAGAAUGAUGAUGAAAUGUGUCCAAAAACAGAAGAUUCAUAUGAAGAGUUAAGCAACGAAAACUGCGAACGUUUACAGGAGAAUGAAUCAGUCUGGGAUAAAUGCUCUCCGGAAGACUAUCUAGACGAAGAUUAUCAACAACAAGAAUUCAAAAAAAUAAGGUUGACAUCUAAUCAAAAUACAAAUACUUCAAAUUCUGCGAAUGAUUCUAUAUACAAUUUAAAACAAAAACAAUAUAAACGUUGCUCUGAAACAUCGUUGGAAACAGAUGAUAUGUAUUUAGCUUUUGGAAAAAGUAUAGGAUUGCAACUUAGAAAUUUGAAUCCUAUUAAUGCAGCUAAAGCCAUGGCAAAAAUACAAGGCAUUCUUACAGAACUUGCUGUUUCAGAAGUAUAACUAUAAUUUGUUUUAAAUUUGAUAGCCAAUAAUAAUUCCAAAUAGUAUAGUAGAUAGAACAACAAAAAAUUGUAUCGAUAGAUAUAAAGUGAAAAGAAGUUUUUGAACACUAAUGCUAGAAUUUAAUCCAUAUAUCGUUGGCAAGCCAUGCUGUUAAUAAUUUUUUUAAAAUUGUUUAAACUCUACUCUAUUAAUAAUGUAAAUAAUUAUAACAUUCAAAAUCAAUGGAUUGAUUUAUUUCUUGUAUUUUCGUCAAAAUAUAAGAUGUACUAUAAUCUUUAAAUAACAAUAGGAAAUAUAUUAUAAACUUCGUAA